AUGGCUAUGUAUUAUUACGCAAGUAAAUUGAAUGAAGCCUCAUGUAGUGGCUGCAAUGUGAAGGUGCCCCCGGCCCCAACCGAGCCUGCACCAGUACCACCUCCACCUACAGACCAUGCACCUCUGCCUCCUGACCCUUCCUUGUUACAUGGCACUGGACUUUCUUAUUAUGAUAAUGAUGAUUACUAUUCAAUGGUGAGGGGUAAUAAGUUUAUGUCAGAAAACACAUGUAAACACAUUGUGGUAAAUGGUGGCAUAAAUUUUGUGUCUGCACAAAAAGUUGAGGCACCACAGUUGACAAAUGUAAUUACUCCUGGUGUGAAGGCACUCUCAUCUCUGCCUUAUGUGAACUGCUCUGCUGAAAAAUCUGACAUAGAAUAUAAAGAUGGAGUGAUUGUCAGCGCGCCCUUGGAAAUCCUAGUAGAUAUGUUAAGGCCUGGAGCAAGUAAAUCAUUUAUGUUUACUUUUUUACUGUGCUCCCGAUUGUUUGUAAAACCUCAUGAAUUGCUCAGUAAAAUAUGCAAAAGAUACUUCAAAAAUUAUGAUAAAAUAGGUAAAAAUGAAGUCAAAGAUUUGAUUGAGAAAGAGCUUAAUGAUAUGAUAGCCUUGGUAAGAGUAUUAAAUCAAUGGACGAGUAUGUUUCCUUAUGAUUUUCGUGAUGACAGAGUGAUGGCGCUUGUUCGUAGUAUUACACAAAGGUGUGCAGCAGAACAUAUGGCUUCAGUAAGACUUGAAGUGUCAACUAUGCUUGAAAAACUACUUGAUAAGUUGACAGCUUUAGAACAAUAUGAAGAAACUUUAAUAGAUAUACCUCAGGUCUCUUCAGUGGAUCAAUUGGCUCAGGGAGAUAUUUUGACUUUGGGGUUAACUCCUGUAGAACUUGCAAACCAAUUGACUGCUGUGGAACUACAUAGGCUGUCGUUUGUUGGUCCUGAAGAGUUUGUGCAAACAUUUGCACCAGCUCAACCACCACAAUCUUCCUCAUCAUGUGCCAAGAGUACUAUAAACUUACAUCACAUUGAAACUAAAUCUACACGAAACUUAGAGGCGUACGCUGAUUGGUUUAACAGACUCAGUUACUUAGUGGCAACUGAUGUAUUGAAGAGUGUGAAAAGCAAAUACAGAGCCAGAGUUAUUGAGCAGUGGGUCAUGACAGCCAGAGAGUGUUUCAAUCUUGGUAAUUUCAACUCACUGAUGGCUAUUAUCAGUGCAUUAAACAUGUCAUCAGUUACAAGAUUAAAAAAGACCUGGAGCCGUACGUCUGCCGUAUGUGGUCAGCAGCUACGACAGUUAGAACUAUGUGUUGAGCCUGGUGGCAAUCACGCAAGAUAUCGAGCGGCUCUGGCAGCCGCGCCCACCGAGACGGCAGUGCCGUUGUUGUCAGUCACUUGCAGAGAUUUGCACUUUGCCAACCAGGGUACCCCAUCCAAGUGA